GCUUACCGCUGUACCCUUAAUUGAUGGCAAGGACACCUUUCCCGCCCAAGGACAUCUUUCCCCGCACAGUAUAUUCAUCCAUCUUCACCACAACCAAAGGGCAUUAAUUAAUCCACAAGCAUGGCAUUAGCAGCGCUGAAGAGAAAGUCGGAACUUUGGGAAGAGGCCGUCAAUGCGUUCGAGGGUGAGGACUAUGAGGGGUCAUUGUCAAAAUUUCAGGCAAUGGGACCGAACUCUAUGAUAGAUAUGAACAUGGGCUUUAUCUACACGAUACAAGGGAAUCACGAGAAUGCCAUGAGUCACUACACAAAAGCCGUUGCUCUCGACACUUACCUGGCCCUCGCGUAUGUAUGCUGAGUUCUGGUGAGGAAUAACUGAAGACAUAGUAUGGCAGUUACUUUCAGCGCGGCGUAUCUCAUGCCAGGCUUGAACAAUUCGAAGAAGCGGAAGCAGAUUUCUGUACAGCCGAAAUCAUGAUGAAAGGCGAAGUAUCCUGGUCGUACAACGAAUCCGGACUGGAAUUCAUUCUUCAUUCUGCCGAAAUCUUGUUUAACAAGGCACUGACCAUCGUCAAAUCCGGACGCGAGCAGGAGGCUAUGGUCAUACUUCGCAGAGCCGAUAGCUUACGUUCGACGUUGGAACAUCGAGUGAUACUGGACGCAAUGGAGAAUAUUCAUGGAGAUUAUCCCUAUUUCUGUGUUCCAUCUCAUGCGAUUUACCGCCCAUCGCCAAGUAAAUUGAGGUUUUUGAAGAACUAUCGACCUUCUCCUAAUGCAGAGAACGCUAUUUCUCCGAGCGUCAGUGCCCCGGAACUAAACGAUAAUAAACUGCACUCCGACUCCGACUCUGACACUUGUGCGGGCUCCUCAGAAAGUCUACCCCUCGAUAAAUCCAAAUUAGGAGUAUCAACUUGUACUGGUCCCAGCGUUGGUAGCAUGCCUGACAUAUUCGCGGCAAGUUCUAGCAGCUCUUCACGGCCAAUGCGUUCGGACCUUGUUAGAGUCAUUGGCAUUGAUAUGAUCGCUCCCGUCACUGAAAUAUCGACAAUACCAUGUGCAGGGAUUCGCAUAUCUCAUGGAAAACUUGCGGGCCUCAUGGCAUGGCGGCUUGUCGUUUGUUUAGACGACCAAAAGGAGGUUAUGACCAAGAGACAGUUGAUGAAGCAGCGUCACUGGAAGGACGUUCAACUGGGGAAGUCUGUGGUAACCAACUUCCUCCUCGAUACCGGCUGUUCCGCGAGCCCUAUUCCCCAGGAGACUCUUAGAGCGCUCGGGUAUCGAGGGAGUUAUAGACCGGGAACGGAGGUGAUGGUUCGGAUUCAAGGUGUGCGCACGAAGUGUGUAAUAGCUCAUUUGGGCGAAGCGGGAAGAUUAGGAUCACAGUUUCUGACUUCUGGCUCGUUGACAUUUCACUUCGCACAGAAAAUGGAUGCUCCUGUCCUUUACGUCGCCGAUGAGUCUGGUUCUGGAUCAACUGAUAUUCCGAGGACUAUUGAACCGGAUCGGAAAUCGCGACGGCUAUCAUUAAAGGAAGGGGUAACAGCCCUCAUGAGCACGUUGGGGUUGUCUUAAACUCCUUCCCUCUCCCACUACUUCAUACCUUCGUUAUGUCUAUGGUUUCUUCGAGGAUAUAGGAUUUGGAAUCAGUACUUUCUUCCGCAUACCCUUGAAUGUCAGGACUGUUGAUUUGGCCUUGCUGUCUUGAAAUGAACGCAUUUGUAACUUAAACUCCUUACAGGGAUUUGAUUAAUUUCGUUAACACGCGAACUCUGCGUUUCACGCUCGGCAGGGUCGGAAUGUUCAGCGAUAUUAAAACUCCGCUGAUAGUCGCUAUACAGGCGAAUCAACGUGUUCAAGUACCUUGCAUCCUCAAAUACACUGUACUUAGUCUCCUACCAACUCGAAUACUAUAUAUUGU